UGACACAAAGGUUCUUUAAACUGUUGAAAAGAAGAUUCUAUAUUUUAAUGCAGAAAGUAGUGUUGUGCGAAAUAACUGAGGUUAUCCCGGUACUGGAUCGGCUAAGGUUACUAAAACUUUUACUGGUACUUUAAUGAUUUUAUAAACAUGAGAUUCUACUAAAAAAGAACUAUGGAAAAAUUGUCUCUCUAAUACGUACUUUGUGAGUGCACCUAGCAAAUUUUCUGUUGAAAAGGUUAAUGUGGAAGCUGAAAUCAACUACUAAAAGGUGAACGUAAAGACCAUACACACUGUUGUAUGAACCACCCCUCGAUGCAUGCGCAUUGCGUAAACGUGUUCUCUCUUGCAGAACAUUAAAUGAAAAUCUCCAAAAACGCGCCCUCUGACAGCUGUCAACCCCACAAAUCAGCUGAGCUUGUUUACCGAGCUAAAUACAUUUGUGAGCAGUAGCCGCUGCAGAGGCGCUCACGGCCAGCCUUGUAGAGAUUCAAUCGAGGCCGCGGCCGCCGUCACUCCGUCGAAGCGCUCGCAUUCCUUGUGUGCCUAUGCAAUUAUCAGUGUUUUCCUUUAUGUUUUCGGUUUGCGUACCUUUAGAAAAGUAAAACAACAACCAGAGAACGACCACCGCUAGAUUAAAGACGACUACGGCACUUUUGCUGGAGAGUUUGCAAUAUUCUGCGAUGCGAUAACGACGUGUGCGGAAGUUUUGUUCAUAAUUUUCGGUUUUUUGUGCCACCACUAGCGCUUAAGUGUAUUUCUCGUGUAUUGCUAAAUUCUUGCGUAUACGUAAACACAUACACAUGUAUAUUGGAUUUGUGUAAACUUUCCUGAAUAGUGCGUACAUUUUCUUCCGUCGCAACCGCAGUUUUGCUAAAUGCUUCCGUUCGUUUUGUGAUUGCAUUGUUGUUAUUGUUGUGGAAAAUCUAUUGAUUCUAAAAAUGCCUUAAUGAUUAGCCGCUCGGGUUGUUGUGAUUGAAAAGUGCAAUGCUUGGGAAAUUUAGUGUUUAUGAAAUACAUAUUUACAUGUGAGAGAGUGUAGUGUGUGAUAAUGUGCGUAGAAAUUUCUGUCAAUGCCUUGGUUUGAAUGAACAAAAAUAUUUGUACAUACAUAUAUGCUUAUGUAUGUGUGUUUAUCAAGCGUUGCAAUCUGCGGCUGGGAAAUGUUUUCACAGACCUAUGAACGAUAACGGAGACGUCUUUUUGAGCUCUUACAGUCGCUUUAUAAUUCAUGUGAACGCCCCCUGUUAACUUUGAUGCAAUAUAAAGUGCGCGGCAAGAACAUUGAAUAUACGAAUUAUAAUGAAUUAUCAACCAGUAUCCUACUAUUUUAUCAAUAACUAAAGUCACAAAACGAAUAUCCACAUUAAACUGGUGUCCACAAAAAAUUAGAAAAAAAUUUAAUCUAAUAAUAAAGGCUAGAUAUGUGAAUAACACGAAUGACGUAGUUAGCAAGCGAAUAAAAUAUACAAACGAACGGUUUUUUGUUUAAAUUUUCUUCACUUUUUUACAUUAAAUUAAUACUUGAUAAAAUAAAAACGCGAAACAAUUAAAUACGAGCAAUAUUUAACAAAUAUUAAUAAAACUUAAAACGAACUCUUUGAAAGCAUAAUCGGUCGGUUAGUGUAUUAAUUGUAACCAAAAUAGUAUUUUUUAAAGACCCACAAAAAUGGCAAUGCUCGAGGCCCGGCCUUAUCGGCCUUUCAAAUCGAGCGAAGAGUACUUAGAGGCGAUGAAAGAGGACUUGGCCGAGUGGUUGAGCACGCUUUAUCCAGAUUUAAAUAUUAAUGCGGAGAAUUUUAUGGAUCGUCUAGAUACUGGAGUCGCACUAUGCAAGCACGCGAACUAUGUACGUCAAGCGGCUGAGGAUUACUUGGCUCGCCGUCAGGCCCGCAACAAAUCGAUGACGCGCUCAAUGACUUCCGGCUCGGCCGGCCCCAUUCUCGCCAUGGGUAAUGUACAUUACUUGCCAGCAGCUAAAAGCGGAACAUUCUUUUCACGCGACAAUGUGUCCAAUUUUAUAACCUGGUGCAGGAAAAGCCUUAAGAUAAUCGAGUGCCUACUAUUCGAAACUGAUGAUUUGAUUAUGCGCAAGAACGAAAAACAUGUGAUCCUUUGUCUACUGGAAGUGGCGCGUCGCGGCGCCAAGUUUGGUAUGCUCGCACCCAUGCUGGUGCAAAUGGAGCGCCAAAUCGAUCGAGAAAUCGCCGCCGACAACAAAGCGAAUGGAAUUGGGUGUGGCACACAGACAGACAACGCCGAUGCGACGGGCACACAAACCGAGAUCGGCAUCAAUACCGAUAAUGUCGCCACAGAAACCGAUAUGUUCGACAGCGAUUCGGAGAAUGAGGACGACGACGAUAAUAACCCGAUGCUGAUGUAUGGCCCACAACCGCAAAUUAUCACCAACGAUUUGAAGAGUUUGGAUGAGAUGGUCAGAGAUUUGGUCGAGAAGUGUACAUGUCCAUCUCAAUUCCCAAUGGUACGCGUGUCGGAGGGCAAAUAUCGCAUUGGUGAUACGAAGGUGUUAAUCUUUGUGCGGAUCCUACGUUCUCACGUUAUGGUACGUGUCGGCGGUGGUUGGGACACCCUGUCCCACUAUUUGGAUAAGCAUGAUCCUUGCCGUUGUAAAGCACAACAUCGUUCAUCAGUUGCAGCACGCUUGGUGCCACGCACCACCAAUCCAAAUAACGGAGGCAUUGAAUUGCACAAAGCACAAGUCAUCUAUGAGCGCUCACCGCCGUCUACUCGUAAAAUUAUUUCCAACUUCAACAAUCAGGCUGCCGGUAAUGCAUCCGCAACAUCAUCUCCUAUUUCCAACAACAACUCAUACAAUUUGUCACCCAAUUUCGGCAAUAAUAAUAAGCAAACCAGUCGUAGUCCCACGCCUCAGCGUAAGUUUCUCAAUCAUCACAAUACUGCGAAUGCAACAGAUGGCGCCGUUGGAGAAAAACUACUAACAGCAAACUGCACAAAUGGUACUUCAACAUUGUUACCUUCACCAAAUUUAGCACGUCGUUCCAUGUCGCCCAGCCCACGUCGUCUUAUUGAUAUGCGUAAGAAGCAGAACUCGUUGGAUUCGAAUAACGGUAGUGGUCCCAAAUCCUUGCCAAUUUGCAGUGAAACCGUGGGUAACCAUAUACAAUUUGAUGGACUCAACUAUACAGCUGGACAGGCUGAGAAUGGCACUACGCAAGUGGGAGCUACCAACUCAGAUGCCAGCACAAAUGGCACAAACAACAAAUUCGAAAAUAUCAGUGACAAUGGCAGUGAAAUCAGCGAUGAGGGCUAUCGUAGUCUGGGUGUGAUACAAUCAAAUGCCCAAAAGCGAGAAUCACUGCACAGUCAGGCUUCGGUGGAAGACGCUGAAAGUAAUGCGCGUCUUGAUCAGACCUCCAGUGAUUCACAACUCUCACCAGUCGAUGAUUUGACCAUAUCUAACAAGGCAGCCGAUAUACUUGGCUCAGAUUUUAACAACACACCUAUAGAGCUGAAUAUUGAUGCUGGACCGCAGUCACUACCAGCUGUGCUCACUACUCCGACACAAAAUUUUACGCAAAUGAAUUUGGCAGAUAAUUUCGAGCGAUCCGGAAUCUUUAUAACCGACGAUGAAAUCACCGUUGAUGUGGCAAAUGCCACUGGUUUGCGCAAAACUGGGUUUGCCAACAAAAUUUUCGGCGGCGAGGAUGUUACCGAUAACAGUGUCGCAACGAGUAAGGAUCAAAAAGAUAAUGUAGGUAAAAGUAGUAAAAUACCACGCUCGCCAGUAGCGCCUCGGCGACGUAGCUUGGAUAACAGCAAUUGCAGCAGCGCCAGCAUGCAGGACAUUUCCACGCGUACUGGCCUGCCGGUAUUCAACCGCAAGCAGCCUGUUUACCGUUCGGUACGUCGUCCGAUCAACGAGAUCAAUAGAAAUAGUGACAAUGUAUCCGCCGCAGCUGCGACGCGAAAAUCAACAACGCCACCCGUGCGUGAGGUCACAAACACUUGGAGUGGACGCGGCGGCGUAGGCGGCAAAAAACGUCCAACACUCAAUGCUGACACAUUCAACGCCCACAACGGUGCCACAACACCCAGCACCGGCAAUGCCUUCGAUCGCAACACACGCACACGCUCUUCUCAGAUACUUUACGACAGCAAUGGACGUCGCGUACGCGGUUGCACCGCCUCACUUACCACUUCGCCGGUAAAGAACUACAAUACAUCACCAUUGGCGCAACAACUACUCGAAGCGGCCAGCAGCGCCAAAAAUGAUGCACAAAUUUUAGAAAAAAUGAAAGUAUUACUCUCACGCUAUUCCACCAACAGCAAUGCGCCAAAUGGCAGCGUCACAAAUACCAGAGCACCAGCUGGCGGCAACAGUAACAAUAAGAAGCCCGUCUACGAAGACUUCACAUCUGCCUGGGUGCACAGCAAUGGUAAUCUGGAGCGUUCCAACAGUUGUUCGCCACCCACGAAAAGUCUCUCGAAACGCAGCUCGGCCGCCUCCUCUACAGAGAGUACACAAUCGCGCGACGUAGCCUCGGUCAUUGUUUCGCCGCGCCGUGAACGCGGUUUAUCCAAAAUUCCAGCACCGACACGACAACACACCGAACUUUACUAACACACGAUGCAAAUGCCCGCCAGGCUGCGCAUACAGCAGAGGGCAAUAAUGUUGCAGCAACGAAAAAGACAAGUGUAAGAAGUGUUUGGAGUAGUGCUGGUAGAGGUGGUGCCAAAACAGUAGGCGCCCAAUACAUCCAAGCAUUUUCCCCCUUAAAGUUAUAAAUGUAUGUCUGUAGGUAGUUAUCUAAGCUGUAGCGUGAAAUUUUAAAAUGGAAAGUAAUAAUUUUUCGGUUAUGGCUACCGAAAAACAAAUUUAGCUAUAAUUUUUAUACGAAUCUAAUUUUUAUAUGACAUUAAUUUUAUUACUGGUAAGUAGGAAGUGUUGGCGAAAAGUGUGAACAAUUUCGAUUUUUAUUUUUGAGUCUUUUUACUCAAAGCCCUUCUUACAUCGGACAGUAGAAGUAACUGGAAUUUUUAUAUGAUUUCCGUUUUUCUUUGCGUAGAUAAAACACUUAGCGUACUCCUAUGUUUUACUAGCAAUGUGUACGCACCGGCGUGUACUUAUUUCCGAAGGUCUUGAGAAAAAUCGUUUCUAACGAUUUAAUCAAAAGCAGAUAAUGGCAAAGUUUUAUAAAAGUUAAUGGAAUUAUGUGUUUGUUAAAGCGUUUCGACUAAUUCUACAUACCAUAUAUUCUUGUAUGUAUACAACUAGUAUAUUAUAUAAAAAAUAUAACUGUCACAAAUGCCUAAAAUAUAAAUAUAUAUGUAUGUAUACCAAAAAUUUCCAAACGCAUGUUCUAAGCAGUAUUUUCUUUAACUUUACCAGUCACAAUUAGAAUAAACCAACGGGAUCUGCCACAGUAUAAUUAAUAGUUUUCCAGGAACUUAGAACUAACAGCUUGAAACUAACAAUUAACAGCAAUAAUAUGUAAUAAUAAAAAGGAAAAUAUUGGUAAAAUGUUCUAUACGGAUUUCACAACAAAUUCUAGGAGCAAAAACAGAGGCUGGCAAAUUAUUUUAUAUUAUAAUUUACUUUCUACAAUACUAGAAGAAUAUAAUAGAGAAUUAUAUAUGUACAUAUAUAUGUUUUUUUAAUUAUUUAAUUUUUUUUUUAAUUUAAAUAUUUCUUAAAUUUUUAAUUUUGAUGAUUAAUUUUCUUAGUCUCCCUUAUUCGAAUAAGAAAUAUGAUGUUUGUUGUGAAUUCCCUAAAAGUGAGGGCGUAGAACAUAAUGUCGCCUACUUUAAACCGAAAAAAUACUCGCCAAUGCAUACAGCGGCAUAUAACAAAAAUAUAUCACAAAUAAGAACUUUUUCUCACCGCAAAUGAGAUUACUAAAAUAAAAUAUUAUAAAAAAAUAUAAAAAUAUAAUAAUAACUGCAUACAACAUCGCUCAUCCAUUAAAAUUCUAAAUCAUAUUAAACACCAAUUACUUAUACUUAAUAACAAAAAAUAAAAAUAACAUAAGAAAAUCCAAAAUGUGUAACGUAACGUAAAGAAAACAAUCCGGAUCAUGGUAACCUCAAAAUUUACACAGCUUUUUUAAAUUGUAGUCACAUAAUCCAAUUUACAUAAAUACAGCAUAGUGAAUGCAAUUUUAAAGCCAGUAGUGGGCAUACAUACAUAUAUAAAUGAAUAGAUUUUAAAUAAAAUAAAGAAAUAGUUUUCUAGAAGUUUUUACAACCAAAUAUAGAGAAGGAAAAAAGCAAUUAAUACAUGAAUAAUAAGUAAUGGUAAAUAUUUUUGUAAAUUCACACAGACACAUGCGCAAUUGAGAAUCAAGGAAUAUGAACAUACAUAUAUACACAAGAGAAUGUGUAGGUAUGCGUACAGGUUUGCUGAUUAAGUGAAGUUGCUGAAAAAGUUAAUAAUUUUUACUUUGCCACAAAGUAACAAUUAAUGAUUUAUUGUAAAUAUCCUCAGCGAAAUAAAUGUAAAAAACACAACAUUAAGUAAAUACGUCAAAUAGCGACAUAUAAUCCACAUAUUUGUGUAUUUGAUGGAGUAAUAGGAAUAAUUUUUAUUUUUUUGUUUAAUACGCAUUUAAAUAGACUUAGUUGCGUUAUAUUAUAUACUCAUUUAUACGAAGAAUUCGAUUUUUGUCAACAAAAAUUUUCACUUAAAAGCCUAUAACAUCUAAAAAUAUUCAUUACCACUUUACUUUUGCUAAUUAUUUCUUCCCUUAAAAAAAAAAAAAUAUUUUAAUAGUGAAAAUACAUACUUGCCUCUUAACACAAUUUUAGUAAAAGUUAUUGCAAAUUCAAUUUUUAGCACAGAAGAUCGGGCUUAUUCUAAAGCAUAUGCCUAAAAAGACGCCAAAAAGAAGUAACCCAUAGUAUAUACUACACAAAUAUAAUAUAAAGUUAAUCAUAUGUAACAUAAAAAAUAUGUUUUUGUACUUUUUUCUAUACACGUACAUAUACAUACAUAAUGUGUGACAACACGAAAAUCCAAUACAUAAUCACAUUUAUUGCAAGCGAUGUAAAUUGGUGCUUUGUGCCGCGGACUUUUAUCCAAAGGCAUAUCAACUAUUUUAUUGUACUAAAUAAAAUAAAAUAUAAUUUAUAAAUUCAUAAGUUAACAAGAAUCUAACUAUGUAUCUAUACUAUGCAGUUAAUAUUAAAAUUUAAAAAAAAAUCUUUGUCAAAUCCCAAACAUAUAACCUUUCAGUAGCUGUAACUAAAUACGAGGACAUACCUGUAACUCUAGCUGGUCUACUCUAUUGCGCCCACUAAAGUACACUAUAUGUAAAUGCUUAGUAAUCUUUUUCACAAAACCGUUAUUAUUAUUUUUUUUUUUUUUUGAUAAACGCGAAGAAUAUUUUUGUUUGCUAUCGAAAAAUAUAAUAUAUUACUAAAAAUUUUUUCUUUGUAUUCGAGUGCAGAUAUGCUAAGUCGACGUUUUAAAUAUUUAUAGCAAAUAUAAAAAUACCUAACAAAACUCUCACUGCAAACAUACAAGCUAUGGGCAACACUGUAAAACUAUAGUAAAAAAUGGAUUGUAUAUAAUUUAUAACGAAAUAUUUUUAUUAAAGCGUUAUUAAUACAUUUUUUUCAAAUCCAUAGAUUCGUAAGUAUACAUACAACUCUUUAUGUAUGCUUAUUUAAUUGUUAAAAAAAACUAAGCUUAAAGAAAAAUGGAAUUAAAAAUUCAAUUUAUACAUAAGAACACUUUGGCUUAUGUAUACGUGCAAAAAUAUGUAUGCACCAUGGUCAUUAUUUAAAUUUUUUAUUAUUACAUACGAAUCUUUUCAUGUUAAUUAACUUUGUUUAGCAUUACAUAAUAAGUGUAAAAUUAUAAAACUCCGUUAUUACUUUCAAUGUGUGUGUAUAUCAAAAUCAUAUGAACUAAUGUAUUUUAAAUGCAUCUAAAAUUUAUUAAUUGAACAUGCUGCAUACCAGCCUGAGUAUAUGUAGGUGUGUAUGCAUGCAGGUGUUUGCAAUUGUUUCAAUUCGUUGAAAUUGAAAUUUUAAUUGUAUAUAAGUUUAAGCAAAUUACACUGGUUGAUACAUUAUAACAGUAAAAAUAAACAUAAAUAAAU